ACACAACUUGUAAAUAAAAACUCUCCUGAAAAUCUGAUACCAUGGUUAAGAGUGCCAGUACUGAAAGAGCUUCUCUGUGGUUCUGCUGGCCUUCCUGAGACACGGUCAUAGUCUUUCUAGACGAAGCAGAACUCAACAGCAGGAUGAGGACUGCAGCCGUUAUUGUGCUGUUCUUGCUUUCUGUGCAUCUGGUCAGCUCCUUACUUAUCGGGGCUUUUAACGUGCAGACGUUUGGCAACAAAAAAGCAUCCAAUGCAACACUGCUCGAAUAUAUAAGUACAAUCGUGCAUCGGUACGAUAUUGUUCUCAUCCAGGAGGUGAGAGAUAACGAUCUUUCUGCGACGAACAGACUGAUGCAGCAGGUGAACAAAGGAUCUUCUCCAUACACAUACGAUCACAUCGUCAGCGAGCCACUGGGAAGGACCACCUACAAAGAGAGAUACCUCUUCAUCUACAGGAAUGAGAAAGUGUCAGUAGUAAAGAACUUCACCUAUGAUGAUGGAUGUGAACCAUGUGGAACAGAUACGUUCAUACGAGAGCCGUUUGUGGUGAUGUUCUCUUCCAAAUACUCAGCCGUGCAGAACUUUGUGCUAAUCCCGCAGCACACCUCACCGGACUUUGCAGUGAAGGAGGUGGACGCACUGCACGAUGUGGUGGUUUUCACCAGGGAGCACUGGAACACCAAUGACAUCCUGCUGUUGGGGGAUUUCAACGCAGGCUGUAACUACAUUAAAGCCAAGGACUGGCCCAACAUUCAGCUGUACACCGACAAAUCAUACCACUGGCUAAUCCCCGACACUGCAGAUACUACUGUCUCACACACAACCUGCCCCUACGACAGGAUUGUAUCCACUGACGACAUGAUGAGAGGCGUGGCUUCUGACACAGCACAAGUCUACGACUUUAUGGCUGACCUGGGAUUAAGCCACAGCUGGGCCCUGGCUGUCAGCGAUCAUUUUCCUGUUGAGGUGCAGCUCACCUGAGAGACGCUGAGAUUCUAUAAUAGGAAAUAAGUUCAUUAAAAAAAGCCAAUAAAAAGUACAAUAUACAGAGCCUAUAAAAAUAUUCAGCCCUUGGGUCACUAUAAUUUGGCUUUUACACAAGUAUUUUCCAAACCAACCAAUUCAACAAACCAAAUCUUUACCAAAUUCUACAACAAAUCUUUAACAAACUGUGUGCAGGAUCUACAGGGCAGCCUGCAACAGUUCUACACAGAACCUGUAUGCCCCUACUCCCAACCGUACAUGUUUCAUCUUGCAUCCAGACUAGAGGCAAUGUUAAUACUGUAAUCACUAGAUAUAUGUUGUCAGUGAGUAUAUUAACUAGGGUUGUCAAGGUUAAAGUGACAAUGCAAUACAUUUGGAACCAGUAAAGCUUUACACUACCAUGUUUGACCCCAACCUCUGCUGUAACCUGCCCCUUCCCUACCCUGCCUUUUUUUCUAGAGCAGUUCGCGUGUGGCGAAAAUGUGAUCUGGCCUUAAUCCGACUCAGCUAUCAAAGAUACUUCCUUAUUUUUAACUGAGCUAAACUGUUGAUUAGGUGCAAUUUAAUCUGAUAUAUUAGCCAGAAAAUAUACUGCUAAGAAAAAAAAUUGUGCCCCAUGCUGUUUACACAUGAGGUUUGUGCUGCGUCCCAUUGAAAACACUGUUUGAAAACACAGCAGCAAAUUUACAGCAAAGUUUUUUUUUAAAGAAGUGCGAUUAAUCACAGUUAAUCGCAGAAUAUUGUUGUGACUAAUCUGAUAUUUGACACCACUAGUAUUAACACUUAACAACCUUACAUAAUCUUUACAUUAAUACAGAAAAAGACAGCUAGUUACACAAAGAUACAAAAUACAAGUGAACCCCUCAAAGGAAGGUAACAUGGAGGGAAUGACAACACACUGACAGCAUGUGUAAGAAGGGGACACACGUAUACAAACACAUUGAGGCAGGAGACAGUGUUAAAUUAGUGAAGAUUAUAUGUAUUAUUCAACAAUAUUGCACUGUCCAAACACCAGAUAAAUCUACAGAAAAGCAGAAGAAAGGUGUGAUUUGUUUAAUGAACAUUUGGCCCAGUUAUUUUUUGACGGCCAAUAACUCUGGCAUUAUUAACACUGUACAAUCCAAUGUAAUGCAAUACAAUGACACUGUGGUGAAAGUAGAUCAUUCAGAUAGAAGGCAACUGAUUAUGAAAAAGCAUCCUGACAUCCAACUAUUAUUAAUAAGCAGCUGCAAAGAUGCCAGAAAGUUAAUGCAAAAAUAGACCAUGAACCACAAAAUAUAACAUUAUGUUUUAAUAGGUCCAUGUAGACAGAACACAACUAGCUGAACUGGGCAUUAUGGUAGAGGCGCAGCAGGUAGUAUAUACCAUAGAGCUCCAGGGACCUCUGGUGUGUGUGUGUGUGUGGUCUCUCUGUGGAUUUCCUCCAGAGUGCUGUGGUGUGUUUGCACCCUUCAAAAACACACUCUUAGGUGUGAGGGUGUGUCUGAGCGAAUAGGUGUUGAAACUGUUGCCCAUUCCAGGAGAAUUUAGACUCACCAUGACCCCAAAUCAUAAAGAAACAGAAAGCAAGAUGAACAAAUUGAUGGAUGGAAGGUUUUUUUUU